GUUCGUAUGACUCCGGGUUGUCAUUUCCGGUUAGUGCUGAAGCUGUGCUGAGUUGUACAAAAUUUUCAAUUUUCUGUCUUUUUCCCACCAGAAUGACGUUCAUAACUUCGUGGGAAGAGUUCGCCAAGGCGGCAGAACGAUUGUAUCAGGCCGACCCCGUGAAGUGCCGGUUUGUGGUCAAGUAUCGACAUUGUGAUGGGAAGCUAGUUCUUAAAGUCACAGAUGACCAAGUGUGCCUCCAGUACAGAACUGAGCAUGCCCAGGACGUCAAAAAGCUGGAGAAGUUAAACAGUCUGAUGAUGCGGCUGAUGGCAACCAAACAGGCCUAGGAACAGACUAACACACCAACUCACCAUCAUGGACAAAGCAGAGACACAAUCUACGAACAGAAAAAUACUUGAUCACUGUGAAAACGGAAAUCUUCAUAGGGGCCGUGCAACCAGGACUUGUGACUUGACAGUGUAAUCAAAAUACAUUUUCAGUAUGCAUUUCAAAGUUACGUAGCAUUUUUUGAAACUUAUAUUUAUGUAGAACAUGAAUCUCAAAUAUGAUGUGAAAAGUAGUAAGUUGCUCGUGAUGUAGGAGAAAGAAAGACAUCAUCCUCUAGUUUUGAAGGACAGUUGCAUGUCCGGACUGGUAGUAGUCACAGUUGCACAGCCAAUGUUGUAUGAUGUAACGUGUCAUAAUGGGAAGUGACACAACAUGAAAGGUCUUCCGUCGGGUGGCUGUAGCCUUGAACACCCUUACAGGGGGGCCCAGAGGAAGGCCGAAGAAGACACACCGUGUACGUGUCUUCCUCUGCUGCAUUAUCUAGUCCCCGUGGUGGCUCAGACAUCGGUGGCCAGGCCUUGAACACCCGUACAGGGGGCCGUGUACUGAGCCUUGUGGGAGGGACAUGUUGGCAGAAGUGGUGCCUUGAUGCUGCUAGACUUGGGUGGCUGAAGAAGCCGUGAACACCCACAAGUUGGGGGCCCAAGGAAGGACACUACAGAUCCACAGGAAGAAACUGUAGUUGUUGUUAUAAGACAAGGAUGUGUCAUUCCAUACCACAUUAAAAACAACAUCCUGUCCUUAUCCAUCAAAGAAGUGAUUAAAUUUAAGUUCAAGAUUACAUGUAUUAUUGAAUAGACCUGUUUUGGGUCAUUUCGUAUGACAAUAUACUAUUAUUGACAAGUCUACAAGUAGUUUAUGAACAGGUUGUAGUUAUUUUAAGUUUCGACUAUGUACUACUUGUGAUUAAAGAGAAGGUUGGGAACUGUCAUGUAACCAACAAAUACUGUAGUCUGAUUUUUCAAUUCACAGUAGAAUUUAGAAAAGGUAAUUUUCUGAAAUUCAUCAUUUUCAGUAUUGUUUGUUAAAAUGAAAAUACAGUGUACAAUGAUAAAGUAAAGUAAGAAUAAAGAAAAGUGAUGCAAA